AUGAAGUAUCUGGGCCUCAUCCUGGACGGUCGAUGGAGCUUCGGGCAGCAUUUUGUCCAUCUCGGCCCGAGGCUCAUCAACGCCGCCGCCGCUCUCGGCCGCCUCCUUCCGAAUGUGGGGGGGCCGGGAUCGCUAUGCCGGCGUCUAUAUUCCGGUGUAGUGAGGUCGAUGGCGCUGUACGGUGCCCCGAUCUGGGUCGACGCCCUCACCGCUGACAACCGGGCCCUGCUGCGUAAGCCGCAGAGGGUCAUAGCGGUGAGAGGCAUCAGAGGGUACCGUACGGUGUCGUGGGCUGCGGCGACACUUCUCGCGGGCGAUCCGCCCUGGGAGCUCCAGGCGGAGGUGCUCGCGGAAAUGACGCAGGUACUUACCGGGCACGGAUGCUUCGGUAAGUACCUGCACGGGAUAGCGCGGCGGGAGGUGUCACCCUCCUGCCACGAGUGUGGUGCGCCAGUCGACACGGCGCACCACACCCUGAGUGAGUGUGCUGCGUGGGGGCCCCAGAGGCACACCCUUGCGGCGACUAUGGGCGGAGACCUCUCGCUGCCGAGCAUCGUCAACGAAAUGCUCGGUAGUGAGACGUGGUGGAGUGCCGUCGCCACUUUCUGCGAGGACGUGAUGCUCGCAAAGGAGGCGGCGGAAAGGGAGAGAGAGGCUGCCUCCUCUCUCCCCUCCCGCAGCAGACGAACUGGGCGUCGUAGGGCGGCCGACUUUCGACCACCCUAG